AUGAUUUGUUAAAUUGGAUUUGUGUUGAUGUUUGUCCAAGCAAUGCAUACACUACAUCUGGCUAUUAAUUUAUUAAUACAAAUCAUAUACUAGUAACAUCUUGUUCCUCUACAUGCCUAUAUAGUUAAUACUAAUAUAAGAACUAAUUAUGGAACUUACUGCAAACAAAAGACUAAUUAUAAUUUAUGUGAUAAAUGCACAGCAGUAUAUAAAACAUGUUUUGAUUCCUAUUCAACUACUUGUUAUGAAUGCAAUCCAGGAUCAUAUUUAUACAAUACUACUUGCUCUACUGAAUGUCCUGUGGAUAUUCCUUAUAAAGAUACAAUUAAUAAUAUGUGUGUUGUAACUUGUACCAGUUAUUAAUAAGAUGGAUAUUGCGUUGAAAGUUGUUCAGAUAAUUAUUACAUCUAUGAUGCUGACAAAUAAUGUUAUCAAUUUGGUUGUCCAGAAGGAACAUACAACCAAGUUACUACAUUUUACUGUUAUGGCUGUUCUCUUGGAUGUGCCACUUGUACUGAUGGAAUCAUCAAUUCAUGUAUCACAUGUAUAUAAGGAUAUUUUCUGCAAGGUGUAUCAACAUGUACAGAUGUCUGUAAUGUGAAUCCAGAUAUUGUUUAAGAUUGGACUAAUGGAAGAUGUGCUAAAUCGUGUCCAACUGGAACUUACAUGCAAACCUUACCUAGUGGGAAUUUAGCAUGUAGAAACACUUGUCCUGGAUAUUAUUAUUCGAAUAUUUGCGUCCCUGCAUGUCCUGCUCAAACUUUUCCUGACGGAAUAGUUUGCACUUCAUAUGCAGGACCUUGUAGUGUGUGUUAUGGUGAAUAAGUUAACCAAUGCACACAAUGUGAUUCUGGAUAUUACUUGGCUGAUACUACUUUUGUUGAAGUAUGUCCAGAUACAAAACCUUAUGCCAACCUAGCUAAUUAAACUUGUGUUUCAACUUGCCCAGAUUAUUUGUAUUUAGCUAAAAAAAUCUGUUUUAGCCCUUGUCCAACUUUCUUAUCUAUUUACAAAUUAAAUGGUAAAAAAGAAUGUGUUGAUUCAUGCUAUUCUAAAUCUUAUAUAUCUUCAGGAAUUUGUUAUUCAUGUGAUUCUAAUUGCAAAGAAUGCUAUGGACCUAUAAAUGGAAAUUGUUUAUAAUGUGAAUCCCCUAACUAUUUAUAUUAAUAAAAAUGUUCCCCGACUUGUCCAUCAUAAUUAUACACUGACUUAACAGAUAGAACUUGCAAAUAAUCUUGUCCAUCCAUUACUGUUAUAUAAGGUUAAUAUUGCAAAUCGAAUUGUGAUGUAAAUAAUUUUUUGUAUGGUUAACUUUGUGUUGCAACAUGUCCAACAUAUACCUACAAAUCAACAUCAGAAAAGAAAUGUUUACUUUGCAAUUCUUUAUGUAGGUCUUGUAAUGGACCUUUAGUAAGUUAGUGUUAUUCUUGCAUAGAAAAUUACUUAUUAAAUGGUAAUACUUGCACAAAAACUUGUCCAGACUUAUAUGAUUACGAGGCUUAAAAAUGUGUAAGCAAUUGUGGUACAAAGUACGAAUUAACUGAUUUCAAAAGUUGUGUGAAAACUUGUCCAACUGGAUACCUAAAAUGUAUUAAAAAAUGUUUGAUAACUCCACCUGAUGGAUAUUAUUCAAAUGGAGAUAGUUGCAUUUAAUGCACUAGUAAAUGUAGCAAAUGCACAUCCCAAAAUGUAUGUUAAGCAUGUAUUAAAAACUACUAUCUAACUUUGUAAACCUGUUCAAAUACUUGUAUUAAUAAAUAUCUAUAUAUGGAUUCAACAACGUAGACUUGCGUUACUAAAUGUCCACCCUAACUUUAUCAUUAAGAAUCCUAUGACAAAAGAAGUUGCGUUGAGGAUUGUGUUAUAGGCUAUAAAUUUAAUGAUUAAUGUGUAAGUUCUUGUCCUAAAGGAAUGUAUAUUAAGAAUAAAUUCUGUACGAAUUGCCCUUAGGCAUGCGAAGAAUGUACUUCAGCAACAAAUUGCACUGCAUGUGUUUAAGAUUAUUUUUUGGAAAAUGGAUUGUGUUAAUUGAGCUGUUUGAUUGGUAAAACAGAUUAUAAAAAUCAUGCAUGUGUCUCCUAAUGUGAUCCACCAUUAUUUGAAUAUCAAAAUUAAUGUUUAGAAAACUGUCCCACAAAUCCAGUAUUUUAUUAUCAUUCAAAUAUCUGUAUGGAUACAUGUCCAAAUAAUACAUUCUAGAAUAAUUAAGAAUGUCUUGAUUGUGACGUAUCAUGCUCAUCAUGUAUUGGUCCAUCAAAUAAUGAUUGCCUAGUUUGCGAAGAAACUUAUUAUUUGCAUGACUAACAAUGUACUCUUACUUGUCCUUAUUUAUAUAAUGAUGUAGAUAGAUCUUGUGUUAUAUCUUGUCCCCGAAAUCUUCUUUUGGAUGGAAAUAAGUGUGUUUUGAUUUGUAGUUUAUACAUGUACUCUAACACCUGUUUAUCAAGCUGUCCAUUGGGAACAUACGAUUCAAAUUUCAUUUGCUACGAUUGCUCUUAGAAUUGUCUUGAAUGCGAUUCCUUUGGUUGUAAUAAAUGUGCAAAUGGAUCGUUUUUAAAUGAUGGAAGUUGUAGUAAUUAUUGCCCAUACUAUUACAAUGUUGUUUUAAAUAAAUGUGAAUAAUUGUGUCCAGAAGGAACAUUUCUUCAUAUUGAUCAAUGCUCUGCAUCUUGUCCAGCAAAUACAUAUAUAUAUCUUUAAACAUGCAUUGCAGACUGCCCUUUUAAAACUAUUUUAAUAGAUUCUAUUUGCUACUAAUGCCCAGAGAGAUGUUUAGUUUGUAAGAAUUAAUAUGAAUGUCUAAAUUGUGAAGAACCUUAUUAUUAAUAUAAAGGAGAAUGUGUAGUGGCAUGCCCAACAGCACUUCCCUAUUAAAAUAAAAUUUAUUAUGCAUGUUAAUCAGAAUGCUCUCCAAAUACAUACGAAAGAGGGUAUGACUGUGUUAAAGAAUGUGAUUUAAUCAUCUAUUAGAAUAAAUGUUUGAAACAAUGUCCCUAUGGAUAUUAUGGGAGUAUUAUAUGUAAGCCGUGUAAAUUGGAGUGCAAAGCUUGCAAUGACUUUAAUAUCUGCACAGAAUGUUCAGAAAAUUUUUACCUUGAACGUAAUUAAUGCGAUACUUAAUGUACAAGAAUCAAAGAUUUGAAAUAAAAAAAUGCGUUGAU